AUGUCUGAUCAUGGAAUUGAAGGCAGUGUUGUGGGUAGCAAUGAUGGACUGGAUGGGAUUUCUAUUCCAUCAGAUUCGGAUACAAGGGACAAUGUUGAGGAGGGGGUUGAUAAAGAUGAUGACGUGCAAAAAGCUACUACAGAACUUGCAGUGUUUAUGUACGUUGUAGGUCUUCUUCCAUUUAAAGUGGUUGAAGAUAUCUACUAUCUAAGGAUGGGGCAUAUGCUUGUCGAAUACGACCAGCAGAAAACUCUGAGGGCUGUCGCCGACUUUGUUUGCUCCGUUGAGUUUUCGCCUACGUUGAUGAAGCAUCCUAUUUUUCGGAAUUUGGCACUUAGGCUUAACCCAAGGUUUAAUCUUACUUAUGGCAUGGUUAGAAGUGAAUGCAUGAAGGUCUAUGGGGAAAGGAAGUUGGGAAUUAAGGAAUUCUUUGAAAAUUUCAAUGGGCAGAUUAGCCUUUCUGUGGACUUAUUGAGGUACCAAAAAUCGCUUAGUUUGGACUAUGACAGUGAAAUUUACUUAUGUCUUUACGCGCAUUUUGUUGACGAGAAUUGGAAGCUGAGGAAGUGGGUGCUUUACUUUCGUCAUCUCAGCGAUUCAUCUGAUGAUUGUGGUGAAGAUUGGGGAAUUUUUAAGUCCAUUCAAGAUUGGGGCAUUGAGGACAAGAUAUCAGCAGUCACCACAACUAAUUUUGAUUAUUUAGCCGAGUAUGUGAAAACUCACAUCCAAGAAAAGAAGGAACUUCAACUCGGCGGUCAGCUGUUUAAUGUGAAUUGUUUGGGGAAGACAGUCAGUUUAAUGGUUGAGGAUGCAUUUGAAAAGAUUGAAGAUCUGAUCGACAAAGUUUCUCUACUGCAUUCUUCGAAAUCAUUACCCCUGUGGUAUCUCACGAGUUCCAAGCUCAAACCAGCUAUAGAGUUAUGGCAUAUGGGAGAAUUCUCUUCAAAAGAUGUGACUGAUGAUUACGACGUACCAUCCCCCGAGGAAUGGAAGACUCUUGAAGGUGUUUGCAAUCUUGUGGAUAGCAUCUAUGAAGUGGCAAAUGCAUUGUUCGAAACAAAACAUCUGACCGCUAAUGUUUAUCUUUAUCACCUGCAUGAACUUCGCGAGGUUCUGACCAAAAUGUCCGUUAACUCGGACAGUUUUAUCAGAACUAUUGUCGAGGAAAUGUUGAAGAAGUUUCACAAGUAUUGGGAUGACAUGUUCUUGCUGAUGGCAAUAACUGCAGUGCUGGAUCCUCGAUUGAAGAUGAAAUAUGUAGAAUUUGUUUGCUCAAAAGUCAAGGGUGAUGUUGCAGACUCACAAGUUGCAGCUGUUUUGGGGGCUAUCCACAAAAUGUUUGACGAGUAUGUGAUCCGUUUUCCUGAAAACGAGAGCUUCGUGAGUGAUUCAUCUUCUUUGGAUUCAGAUUCAGAAGGGGAGUCUCCCGACUCUACUCCUCCACUUCCUCCUAAAAACGCGAGUCAUACUUUUGGUGUGUUGCAAGCCUACCAGCAGUUCGUCGAACAGGAUAUUCAGCCUACAAAAAGAUCGGAUUUGGAUAGCUAUUUGGAGGAACCGGUCUUAACUUGGAGCAAGGAUUUUAAUGCAUUGACCUGGUGGAGAACCGCAGGCGCCAAGUAUCCUACCCUUGCGAGGAUGGCACGCGAUCUCUUGGCUAUUCCAGUUUCUGUUGCGACUUCAUUCGAGGCAUUCUAUACCGAACCAAGGCCGGUUGACGAACGUGUAGCUUUCUUGAAGCCGGACUUUCUGAAUGCCUUAAUGUGUACCCGCAGCUGGUAUGCUGGGAGGCUCUGA